AUGUUGGGAAGCCUCGGCACGUUUGAAUACGGUCUGCGUGCCGGGAAGCUUCACACGUUAGAUUACGGUCUGCGUGUGGAAUGUGCUCGUAUGUUUGAAUACGUUCUUCAUACGAGUCGGGCCCACAUGUUGGGAAGCCUCGGCACGUUUGAAUACGGUCUGCGUGCCGGGAAGCUUCACACGUUAGAUUACGGUCUGCGUGUGGAAUGUGCUCGUAUGUUUGAAUACGUUCUUCAUACGAACGAAACUAAUGUUGACGAACUGAAUGAUGACGAGGAAACUACACACGCAGACAGAGCUAAUCCUACAGCUGCUCUAUCCAGGCCCUUACUGGACGAUGUGGCCGAAACCAACUCACCAACCUCUCUUGUGGCGGGUUCUAGCGGAGUUUCUCAUGAAAUUUGUGCCGAGGACGACUCAACGUCAGGAGAGGCCGUGUAA